CUGACGUACUUGUAUCUCAAAAAUUGUCGAAAAUGCCCUCGAUUUCUCCGAUAAUGUAGAUUAGAGAUGUGUCGCUUCCGAAACUAAUUUAAAAGGAAAGACCUGAAACCAAAUAUUGAAGAAACAAAACAACACAUGAAUAGAGACGUAUAAAUUCCCUGGCAUGAAAGUGGAAUGGCUAGAAUGGGCGAAGAAGAGGUUAUGUCGUGAUGCUUAUUUCUCAUUUCUUAAUGAACCACCAAAGAACGUUAAACUUGACAUUAUAUUUGAACUCAUAAGAUAAAGGAGAUAGAAUACAGCGGUGACAUUAUAUACAAUACAACGAAGAUGGAAAAAUGAAUGUAACGUAUUCAGAAAACUAUCGUCAAUAUAUUUUGGCUUUACGAAGCAAUGGAUUCAGCUAAUCCCACUCCGCAAGACCUUCAGAGAAAACUGUAUUUUCUCAUGGAACAACUCCAACACAUGGUCGGAGAACUGCCAACAAAAUACCAGAUGAGACUUCCUUAUGAAUUACUCUCCGGUCUGGCCAAUUCACUGUUAAAUGAUACUAUUUUCGAGAUUGUCAAGGGACUGAUGGAAAUUCAGCACGUCACGGAGAAACAUCUCUUCCAGCAGCGACUACAGCUACAGAACCAGCAGAAAAUCGAAGUGCAAGAGGGCUUGGCAUUGGCCACCACGGAUGAAGAAAGAGCAACGAUCAAGACAACGUUGCAAAAAAAGCAUAAAGAGGAACUGAAACAGACGGACAUGAAGCUGGUGCUACAGUUGGACCAAAAGGUGGCCGACCAGCAAGGAAUUCUUGAAAAGGCAGGAGUUCCUGGCUUCUACGUUACUAACAAUCCACUGGAGAUUCAAGUUCAAAUGAGACUAUGCGAUUUCAUAAUUAGACUGAGUAAAAUGGAAGUUCCCAAGUGAUCGUGUAGUCAAUCUCCGCCAAAACAU